ACAGAGGCGUUUGGGAUUUAUUAAGCUGUCAGCUAAUAAUUGGGUCGUCGUCAAAAUUUCUAUUAGUAUUGUUUUUGCAUAUUUUGGCUGAAAACCCCAAAUGACGCGAUUACGCUGAAUACCAAGCUUCUCUAAACCCGCAAAGAACGUAAGCCCCCGUACGCAGGCCUUAUGAAGUCCACAAAUGUUAGUGUUUCCAUUGUUUUGCAGUGCCAUCAGCAGAGGGCCUGGCCCCAAAUAAAAAAGAAAUCCGAAAAUCGCAACUGGACUGGGCAGAAUGUCGAACCUUUCAGUGGGCCAGAUGAUAAUGGACGCGCAGCGCAUGGCUAGCCGGGUCAAGGAUCUGGACGCCCUGGGCACGGCACUCCUCGAGGAGGCUGAGACCAACAAUCGGCUGGUGGAAAGCCUCCGACAGUAUCAGGACGACAUCGAAUCACUUAACCGCAUCUCGAACAACAAGACAAACGCGGACAUGGUAAAUCGCAUUCAGCAGCAAAACAUCAACAGCUCGGAGAUCCUCAAGGAGAACCGUGAGCUCAAGAUCUGCAUCGAGGACUACGAGCGGGUCAUGGAGCUGAUGAUGCAAAAGUAUCGCGAACACACCGUCUCUAAGGUGCUAGAUAGCAAAUUCAGCUUCAAGGAGCUGUACAACGAGCGCAUGUGGCAGGUCAUCCGGGAGCAGCGGGAAAAGAUCAACGAAAUGGCCGCCGUGAUGCAGCGGGCGGCCAGUAUAGACGACGGCGUUGUUCAGCGGGAGUUACAGACUAUCUCUCAGCUGCGCCUUGAAAAUGAAACGCUGCGCGAGUUGCUCCAGAUCUCAAAGCAGUAUGGAUCCUCCCAGCGCCCUAUCCGGGAAAGCGACCACCUACUGGAGGAAAAGGCAGUACAGACGGAUAGCAUAGCGGACGACUCUGCCGACGACCUGUCCAUAUCGGGCGCCUCAGUGGAGAACAUGAACAACAACUCGGUCAUCCAAAUGUACAGUAGUCCGGAACAGCCGACGAAGGCCGCCGUCGUUUCUAACUCACUAAUCACUGCCCCAGUUCAAAAUCAAAGUGACACACAAGCAGCUAUUGAGACGCUGGAAUCGGCGGCGCCGGUUGUGCAGGCGGUGGCAAACGAUAACAAUAAUGGACCUGCAGUCAACCCAAUAAGUGCGCCACUACCAGCGACGACGUUAAUUGAAUCUGGUGAGGAUCAGGCGAUUUUACCGCCCACAACAUGAUAGGCGGUGGUGCGCCAAAUAGUUUAUGCAUUUGGUUUUCAUUUUAAUCGCCGCGCUGUUUUAUCAUAUUUACUCACCCACUCACAAAACAGCCCGCAUACGAAGAGGGCCAACAUAAGUUGCAUUAGGUCUUAGCGAUGGAUAAUAUCUAAGUAAUUUAUACAUAAUAUCCAUUACAGCAUAGUGUCCAUACACAUACAUUGUAAACAAUGAAGUUCAUAAUUUAAAACGAGGUAAACCCUCACACACAAAUGUAAUGUACAAUGUACUCUGUCGAUUUUAUGAUUUCUAAAUAAAUUCCAUAACAAAUCGAGGAUUAACCAAAAA